UGUGUGUGACAGCUGCUGCGUGUGUGUGUGUGUGAGCUCAGCUCAGUAAAGCUUCAUCUCUAAUAGGAUGAGCAGCCGCUCGCGCGAGUAGCUGAAUGCGCCGCUCAUUGUUCGCUCCGCCGUUUCUCUGCUGUUUCCGUGGAUCGAUCGAUCAGUGAUCGGGAUUUCUCAUGGAUCUAUCGAUGUGAAGAAGCUGUCGCACGCGGCUGACGUUCAGAAGAGAUCGAGCGCAGCGGCUGGACUCAAUCAUGCGGUUGCAGGUCUUGUUGCUGUAUUUCACGCUGCUGCAGACGGCCGGAGCUGCUUUCCCAGAAGACACCGAGCCAAUCAGUAUUUCACACAGCAACUACACCAAACAAUAUCCAGCGUUUGUGGGACACAAACCAGGAAGAAACACCACGCAGCGGCACAAACUGGACGUCCAGCUGAUGGUCAUCAUGAACCGGACUCUCUAUGUGUCCGCCAGGGAUCACAUUUACACGGUGGACAUCGAGACGGCCGACACGGAGGAGAUCUUCUUCAGUAAGAAGCUGACGUGGAAGUCCAGGCAAGCCGAUGUGGACACCUGCAGGAUGAAGGGAAAACACAAGGACGAGUGCCAUAACUUCAUCAAGGUCCUGCUGCAGCAGAGCCACGACUCUCUGUUUGUGUGCGGAACCAACGCCUUCAACCCGUCCUGCCGGACCUACAAGAUGGACAGUCUGGACGCUGUGAGCGAUGAGAUCAGCGGUAUGGCGCGCUGCCCGUACGACGCCAAACACGCCAACGUGGCCCUGUUCGCCGAUGGGAAGUUGUACUCGGCCACCGUCACAGACUUCCUGGCGAUCGAUGCGGUGAUCUAUCGCAGUCUGGGCGACAGUGCGACCCUCCGGACGGUCAAACACGACUCCAAAUGGCUGAAAGAGCCGUAUUUCGUCCAGGCCAUCGAUUACGGCGAGUUCAUCUACUUCUUCUUUCGGGAAAUCGCCAUGGAGUACAACAGCAUGGGGAAGGUGGUGUUUCCACGAGUGGCUCGUGUGUGUAAGAACGACCGCGGCGGAUCUCAGCGAGUGCUGGAGAAACAGUGGACGUCCUUCCUGAAGACACGGCUCAACUGCUCCAUCCCUGGAGACUCACACUUCUACUUCAACAUCCUGCAGGCCGUCACCGACGUCCUCCACAUCAGCGGCCGAGACGUGGUCAUGGCCACCUUCUCCACGCCCUACAACAGUAUCCCGGGAUCGGCCGUCUGUGCGUACGACAUGGAGGAGAUCGCAGCGGCCUUCACCGGACGCUUCAAAGAGCAGAAGUCGCCCGAUUCCACCUGGACCCCCGUCCCAGAGGAGAAGGUGCCCAGACCCAGGCCAGGCGUCUGUGCUGGAGCUUCCUCCGGAGAGAAAUACAAAGUGUCCAACGAGUUCCCGGAUGAAACGCUGAACUUCAUCAAGCUUCACCCGCUGAUGGACGAAGCCGUUCCUUCCAUCGCCAAUCGGCCGUGGUUCCUCAAGACGAUGGUCCGAUAUCGUCUGACUCGUAUAGCCGUGGAUAACGCCGCCGGCCCUCAUCACAACCACACCGUAGUUUUCCUGGGAUCGGAGCGAGGAAUCGUGCUGAAGUUCCUGGCCAAGAUGCGGAGUGGCUUCCUGAACGACAGCCUGUUUCUGGAGGAGCUGAGCGUCUACAACCCAGAGAAGUGCAGUAUUGACGGCGUGGAGGACAAGCGCAUCAUCAGCAUGCAGAUCGACAGCCGGAGUCACUCUCUGUUCGUGGCCUUCUCCUCAUGCGUGGUCAAAGUCCCGCUGUCCCGCUGCGAACGCCACGGAAAGUGUAAAAAGUCCUGUAUCGCCUCCAGGGACCCCUACUGCGGAUGGGUGUCCGAGGGAGCCUGUCGAGAAGUCUCAUCAGACCCGAAAUGGCCAUUCGAGCAGGACGUGGAACAGGGCAACACAGAUGGACUGGGCGACUGCCAAAAUUCGUUUGUGGCUCUCAAUGAGCAUCAGCGCAGGCAGCAGGGUGUGAGCGAUAUUACCCAGAAUGCUGCACGCGCAGGACUCCUCACCACCGUGCCUCCUCUCUCCGCCGGGGGUCCUCUGCUCCGGGGCCGCAGGGUCAAGCUGAAGGAGGGCGAGCUGCUGGACGAUCGGAGUGACCCGUAUCCCUCAGACACGCAGCAGGAGAGCGCUGGAGUGAUCCGAGAGACGUACCACAGAGAUCGCGAUCAGAUGGUUCCCAUCACACUCCUGGCCAUCGCCGUCAUCCUCGCCUUCGUCAUGGGCGCCGUCUUCUCCGGCGUCGUGGUGUACUGUGUGUGUGACCACCGGCGAAGGGACUUCGAGCUGCCCGGCCGCAAAGACAAGGACUCGGUCCAGUCCCGACGGGGAUCCAUGAACAGCGUCACCAAGCUGACGGGGCUAUUCGAGACGCAAGCCACGGAUGGACGGCCAGAAGCCAUUAUGACCCCGCUCAUGCACAACGGCCGCUUGACCAACGGCAGGAUGCUCAUCAAAGCUGACCAGCACUUGGAUCUGACCGCCCUGCCCACGCCCGAGUCCACGCCCAUGCAGCCGCGCCGCAAGCCCAGCCGAGGCAGCCGCGAGUGGGAGCGCAACCAGAACCUGAUCAACGCCUGCACCAAAGACUUGCCAUCCAUGGGUUCUGUGGUCAUCCCCACGGACCUGCCGCUGCGGGCGUCUCCGGGUCACAUCCCCAGUGUGGUGGUGCUGCCUCUGCCCCAACACCAGCAGUCUUACCAGCACGAGUACGUGGAGCAGCCGCACCGAGGAGACCUCGCAGAUGACCAGGCCACGCUGGAGUACAAGUCCCUCAAGAGUCCGUGUCACAGCCUCGGCCCGGCGGACGGUGAGGGAGCGCCGCCUCGUGUGCCCCAGCGAGAAGCGUCUCUGAGCGCCGUGGUCCUGCCGGCCGUCCCGCAGAUGGGCAAGAGGCUGGACAUGCAUUCGUCUGUAUACGGCCGCGGCUAUCCCAUGAACUCGGGCCUCAAGAAACAGCACAACACCAACUCGUCCAACUCGUCCCACAUGUCCAGGAACCACAGCUUCGGUGUGGAGACGCCUCCUCCGCCCGCUCCGCAGCGCGUGGACUCCAUGCACAUCUCCUCACAUCACCCCGGGAGCUCGUACGGCUCUCUCUCCAGGCAUCUCAAACCUGACGUCCCUCCUAAACCAUCACUGGUGUCCCUUUCCACCAAGGUCAGGUCCAGCGACUCCUGCACAUAAGAGACGGGGAACGUGAAAGUGUGUCUGCUUUGUGCAGCUGUGUACAGGAAAUGCAACUCACUUUUUUUGGUUUUGUUUUGUAUGUUGUGAAAUACACGUCGAGCUCAGGCUGAUGAGGGCAACUCUUGGAGAUUUCGUCCGGUGGCAGCAUUGUUGCCGAUGGUCAUUUUCUGCCAAAAGCACAGAAGCGACGAGAGACGCCCGGUUAUCAAGCACUUGGACACACAGCGAGUUCGGACGGGAACAGCUGCUGGAGUUUACCAUGGAAAACUGUGAAACCGCCAUCGAGUAAAAGCAAUCGAGUUCAACACGUCUACUGAAACUGUUGACGAAAUAACACAUGACUGUUAAUACUAAUAGCAGGUUUUAUUUAUUUUUUAAUAAAGUGCUUUUGCAGAAAGAG